AUGUCUGACACAUCCGAUCCGAUACCGUCACUCAUCAUGAACUCCGAGUCUCCUUCCACGGAGACUGUGGAUACAGGGGACAUUUCCCCUGAACGGCUUCCGCGGGGGGAGAUGCCCAGGAAGCCGCCGGUGUCCAUGUUCAACGUCUCAAAUCAUGUCACUGUCGCCACAUCGACUGAAGAAAGCUCUCGAGAAUCUUCAGUCUCCCGCAACGCCAUCGUCAACAAUGCAUUUCCCCCAAAUGAACUCGAUGAAAAUCGUGUUUCAUUGAACUCAUUCGACUCCGACCUUUCCUUUUCAUCCUCUAUCACCCAAGAAGAGGCAAAGUUGCGGUGGGACUCGGAGGAAGAGCUCCAGAAAGUCUCCAAACAUCUGCUCCGGACUCAAAAAUGGUGUCUCAUUCUGGGUUUGGUUAUCAUCAACGGCGGGCUGAUCUAUGCCGCCGUGACAGUCCACCAACUGUACUACCUCUUCCUCGUUCUUCUUAGCUCAAACACCACACUUCAAGCCCUUAUGAUGAUUUGCAUCAUCACGAAUACCAUCUUGAGGCGCUGUCUGCCUUGUUGGUUUGCUAGAAAAGAACGUACCCCCCCUGAUCCCGAGAGGCUGGUGCUGCUGCUGCCCUGCUACAAUGAAACCCGCGAUGAGUUGACCCGGUCCCUUGACUCUCUCGUGGACCAAAAGGAGAUUGAUAACCACCCCAAGAUCAUCUUCAUCAUCGUUGACGGUAAUGCUCGUGGCCCAGGCAUGGAGAAAACCACGCAGGAGUACCUGCUCGAGGACAUUCUGGGUGAAGGUCAGUUCCGCCGCUUUGACAAUGGUUACCGUGCCCGAGAUGGUCUUUUCAUGCCGGUCAAUGUCCAAUAUGGCUACUACAAGGGUCUGCCGUAUGUCUUUGUUGGCAAGAGCUACAACCAGGGCAAACGUGACAGCUUGUGCUUCGUCCGUUCGUUCUUGUAUCACUUCAAGAGGCGCUCUGCGAACAUGGUGACCAUGUUCAACAAGACUCUGUACGAUUACAUUGGCACUAUUUUCGUUCAGCAUGGCAUGGACACGGUCGACUACCUCGUUGGCAUGGAUGCCGACACCGUCUUUGAUGAGUUCUGCAUCAUUGAGAUGCUCCGCGAGAUCCGUUCGAACGACAGACUGGUUGGUGUUUGCGGUCACGUCUGCGUCGACUUUGAUGGCAAGCCAUUCAAUCCAUGGGCUCUCUAUCAGUCGGUCGAGUACUCGCAGACCCAAGGCCUGCGACGCAUGUUCCAGUCUCGCAUCACGGGCAAGGUCAACUGCUUGCCCGGCUGCUGUCAGCUGAUCCGCGUUGAUGAGUCGACGUUUGGCGACGAGGUUCUUCGUGAGCGCUUUGGAUACUGUCCCAAGCCCAACGACACAAUGACGUUGCACAUCCUGGGCAACUAUUCCGAGGAUAGUAUCCAUGCGGCCAUCAUCUUCAGCCUUUUCCCCAAGAAGCGGACUGCCCAGGCCCUACGUGCCAAGGCAUUCACCAUUGUGCCGACCAACCUCAAGGUGUUCCUGUCACAGCGCAAGCGCUGGGCCCUUGGUAGCAUCUCAAAUGAGUUUGUCAUGCUGUUCAGGAAGGGUAUUAUCUUCCCAGAGAGGAUACAAAGCUUCGUAGCCGUAAUGACAUGGGCCAUUACGCCUUUCAUCGUGUUCGCCGUCGCUGAGCUCAUUAAGCUGCUCAUCACGGACGGCCGUGUGCUAUUGCGUAACCCUGUCUUUCUCGGCCUCCUCUCUGUUUUGGCUUCUCGUUACGUCUACUCGUUCUGCGUUGGCUUCUGGCUUCCCCGAAAUUGGACGGAACGUGGCCAGUAUUUUGUUGGUUACUUCCUCCAUCUCCUAGUCUCGCCUUUCGCAAAUAUCAUCAUCAUGGGUUACUCUCUCUUCAACUCGGAUGAUUUCAAGUGGGGAAAGACCAGAGAAGUGAUUCAAAGCGAUGAGGACGCCGCUGAGAAGGGAGCGGGUGGGGUUAGAGACGCUGUUUGA